AUGAAGGGGUUAAGGACUUUCCACCAUGCAUUGCUUGCAGGUUUCACCCUUGCUGUAUUGAUUCACGCCGAGGAUCAAUCAGGCUUCAUUAGCAUAGAUUGUGGAAUACCAGAAGGUUCGGGAUAUGAUGAUGAGAAAACUGGCGUAAAGUACAUUUCAGAUGUGAACUUCACCGAUGGUGGAAUAAAUCGAAGUAUAUUAUCCGAAUUCCAGACCAGUGACCUUGAACGGCAAUUUUACAAUGUCAGAAGUUUCCCUGAAGGUAUAAGAAAUUGUUACACCAUAUAUCCUGCACAAGGAAAGAAUAAUAGGUAUUUAAUCAGAGCCCGUUUCAUGUAUGGGAACUGUGACAACCAGAAUAGUGUGCCACAGUUUGAUCUUUAUCUGGCAGUUGAUCUCUGGCAAACAGUGGCACUGAGCCUGGAAGACCACUCAGGAAGUGUAACUGCAGAGAUCAUUCAUGUGCUUUCAACGAGUUAUAUAUUUGUCUGUCUUGUUAAUACGGGUCGUGGAACACCGUUCAUAUCAUCGCUAGAGCUUAGGCUUUUGGAUAGUGCAAUUCACACCACUGCGAGUCUGUCUGAUUCACUUCUACUCCAAGGACGUUAUGAUUUUUGUUCUACAACCAAUCAAUCAGUCAGGUACAAAGAUGAUAAAUAUGAUCGCAUUUGGAUGCCCAUAAAUUUCCCUGACUGGGAAACAUUAAGCCAAACAUUCCCAGUUGAUGCGCAGGUUCUGAAUGCUACGCCUUUCCAACCACCAACCGUUGUAAUGGGUUCUGCUUGCACGCCAACAAAUGACAGUGAAGCCAUGUUCUUGAAUUGGGAUUAUUCCAAUGAUUCAACUUCCCAAUAUUAUUUUUACAUUCACUUCGCUGAAGUUCAGCUCUUAGGCAACCAGAUCAGAGAAUUCAACAUCUACCUAAAUGGGAAUCUCGCUUAUGGACCUGUUACUCAUAAGUUACUCCCACGAACGGUUUUCACCCCAUCACCAGUGACACAAGGAACUGGAAGUGUCUGGCUUAAACUCAAUAAAACUGAGACAUCAGACCUUCCACCCAUUAUGAAUGCCAUUGAGAUCUACAUGGUAAAACAAUUCUCGCAACUGCAAACAGACCAAAAUGAUGUUCGUGCUAUUAUUAAUAUAAAAUCAACAUACGGUGUCAAAAGAAACUGGCAAGGAGAUCCAUGUGCCCCCAAAGUUUACUGGUGGGAUGGCCUUAACUGCAGCUACGAGAAUAGUUAUUCCCCCAGAAUCGUAUCAUUGAACAUGUCUUCGAGUGGAUUAACGGGGGAAAUAUCGCUACAUUUCGCUGAACUGACAUUACUACAAUCUCUGGAUUUAUCAGACAAUAGCUUAAGUGGAACAAUACCUGAAGUUUUAUCUCGACUGCCAUCUUUGAGAAACCUAAACUUAAAAAGAAACAAUCUCAGAGGAUCACUUCCAGAUGAACUCAGGGAAAGAUGGAACAGAGGAUUGCUUACUUUAAGUGUGGACGAAAAUCCAAAUAUUUGUCUCUCGGCUUCAUGUGAGAAAACGAAAAACAAGUAUGUUGUUCCAGUAAUUGCAUCACUUGCUACAUUUUCUGCUUUCUUAAUAGCAUUGGCGAUCUUCUUCAGCCUAAAAACGAGGAAAAAGAGUGUUAUUGGGGAGAUGGAAACAGAGUUAAAAGAUAGAAAUGAUUCUUUUGAAUCAAGAAAUCGGCAAUUUACAUAUUCAGAUGUUCUAUCGAUUACCAAAAAUGAAGUGAUGUGGCAUUCUGAUGACACAACAAAAAACUUCUACCGGGUUCUUGGUAAAGGAGGAUUUGGAACAGUUUAUUAUGGCUUCCUGGAUGAAAAUUAUCGCUACUUGGAUCACACUGAAGUAGCUGUCAAGAUGCUGUCUCCAUCAUCCGUCCAAGGUUACAAAGAGUUCCAUGCAGAGAUUAAGCUCCUGAUGAGAGUCCACCAUAAAAACUUGACAACCCUUAUUGGAUAUUGCAUGGAAGGCACAUAUAUGGGGCUUGUCUAUGAGUACAUGGCCGUGGGAAACUUGGAAAACUAUCUGUCAGGUAAAGAUGGCUACAUCUUGAGUUGGGAAGAUAGAUUGCGCAUAGCAAUGAACGCUGCACAAGGAUUGGAGUACCUGCAUUAUGGUUGUAAGCCACCCAUAGUCCAUAGAGAUGUGAAGCCUGCAAACAUCUUAUUGAAUGAAAAGUUAGAAGCUAAAAUGGCUGAUUUUGGCUUAUCCCGAAUAUUUCCAACUGAAAGUGGUACUAAUAUAAUGACUGAGGAUCUUGCUGGUACCCCAGGGUACAUUGAUCCUGAGUGCUCUAUGUACAACCGGAUGAAUGAAAAGAGUGAUGUUUAUAGUUUUGGAGUUGUUCUUUUAAAGAUAAUUUCAAACCGAGCGGUGAUUGCAAAAAUAUCUCAACAGAAUGUUCAUAUAAGUGAAUGGGUUCAAUCCAAGCUUGCAGAAGCGGAUAUCAGAAAUAUUGUUGAUCCACAUUUAGGGGAUGAUUUUAAUACUAGUUCUGCAUGGAAAGCUGUGGAACUCGCACUAGCUUGUGCAUCUAACACUUCGUCUGAAAGGCCUACCAUGACUGAGGUAGUGAUGGGAUUGAAAGAGUGUUUUGCUGUAGAAAUUGCUCGAAAUGAUGAAGGCCGUUACACAUUAGACAACGUUAAUCUGGAUUCAGAAUUUUCUCCUCAAGCAAGGUAGCAUAUUUUUCAGAAAUCCUGUGGAUCAAAGGUUCAAUCCACGCAAUGUUAAAUUUAUAAUCUUUUUUCUUUGCUUGUAAUGGUCGAACAAUCUGACUAUUCAACAAGAAGACCAUUUCAUUGUUGAACAA